AUGCAAAAGAUCGUUCUUUUCUUCGCCGCCAUCGCUACGGCUCAAGCUUUCCUUCUUCCAUCCGGAGGAGGUGGAGGAUGCGGAUGCGCUCCACCACCACCACCACCACCAUGCGGAUGCGGAGGACCAUCCCUCCCACCACUCCAACUCCCAAGAUUUGAACUCCCAAGACUCUCUCUCCCAUCAUUCGGAGGAGGUUGCGGAGGACCAGCUCCAUGCGGAGGAGCCCCAGCUCCAGUGUAUGCUGCACCAGCCGCCGGAUACGCCGCUCCACCACCACCACCAGCUGGAUACGCCACCGCUGGACGCAAGUAA